AUGGCUGCGUCCAUACAAAUUGUCGAACGAAAGAAAGCAGUAACAAAAUCAGUCAAAGCUGGAUUACAAUUCCCAGCUGGUAGAAUCACUCGUUUCUUGAAGAAAGGUCGUUAUGCUCAACGUGUUGGUUCCGGUGCUCCUGUUUAUCUCGCCGCCGUUCUUGAAUAUCUAGCUGCCGAGGUUUUGGAAUUGGCUGGAAAUGCUGCUAGGGAUAACAAGAAAUCAAGGAUUAUACCAAGGCAUGUACUUUUAGCAGUAAGGAACGACGAAGAAUUAGGAAAGUUACUCGUCGGUGUUACUAUUGCUAGCGGUGGAGUUCUCCCAAAUAUCAACUCUGUUUUGUUACCAAAGAAGGGUCUUGAGAAGGAAUCUACACCUAAAUCUCCUGCUGGAAAAUCUCCAAGGAAAGCUGCUGCCUAAGUAUUUUGUACACUUUCUGAAAAUGGUCAUCAUGUAAUGAAAUUUAGGGACUCUGGGAUCUGCUUUUUAGGUUUAGUUUUUUUGAUUAGAAAUCAGUUUCAGGUUUCAAUGUUCAUAUGGUUUGUUGGAAUAUAGCUAAUCAAUGGAAUCGCUCGUUUUAUCUCUA